AUGAAAAUAUUAUGUGCUGGAUUUUGGAAAACUGGAACUAAAAGUUUGGCACAAGCAUUGAAGAUACUCGGAUAUAAAGUUUAUGACUAUGAUGACCAAUUAUUUCACUUUGAAAAUUUAUGGAAAAAAUUUUUUGAUGGAACAGUGACGGAUGAUGAGAUUAGGGAACAACUUGCAGAUGUUGAUGUGUUUAUUGAUGGUCCUGUCAUUGCAUUUUGGGAGGAAAUCCACCGAGCGAUUCCGGAGACAAAAGUUAUAUUAUCAAUUCGCGAUGAAGAUUCCUGGUUUAAGAGUUAUACUGGUAUGAUGACAGGUUCUCCAAUAUGGGUAAAACCUCUGUUUUUAUCUAUGUUUAUCACUCCUACAGGACAUGCUUUUAUGCGUAAUGCUAUGCGAGUUUUUCAUUUUUGCCAAGGUGUUGAAGGGCCUUUUGUAUUACCUAUGCUGAAUUUAACUGAUAAUCCAAGGCUAUACAAGGCUCAGUUUAGAAGGCAUAACUGCCAUGUAAUACAUACUGUCCAAAAGGACAAACUUCUUGUUUUCCAACUUUCUGAUAGUUGGGAGCCCUUGUGUAGAUUUUUGGGGAAAAAAAUUCCAGAAGGAAUUUCAUAUCCCCAUAAAAACAAACUUGGCGCACAUUUUAAAUCAGACGGCGGACCUGGGAAUCCUAAAUUUCAGAGGGCAGGCAUUGAAGCACUAAUAGUUUUAUCUAUUAUUGUUUGUGUUAUUGCUUAUUUAAUAUAUGCUCUUGUUUCAAAAUGUCUUUACUAA